AAAGUACCCUGGCUUUAAUAACUGUACUUGAAUCACUUAUGCCGUGUGGAAAACAACGUAAAAGGGACCGCAACGUCGCCUCGUUGCCACAAAAAUUGUAACCUCCAGGUCUCUUUGCCCGAGCUCCAUUUUCCCAGUCCAUAUAACUAUCAAUAUGGCGCCUUCCGGUACACUGCCGUUGGCCGCUGCUCUUCUGGCUUUGGCCGAGAUUGCUACGGCUCAGCAACCUGGUACAAGCACUCCUGAGGUUCACCCCAAGUUGACAACGUAUCAGUGUACAACGUCGGGAGGAUGCGUGGCUCAGGACACCUCCGUCGUCCUUGACUGGAACUACCGCUGGAUGCACGACGCCAACUACAACUCAUGCACCGUCAAUGGCGGAGUAAACACCACAAUUUGCCCCAAUGAGGCGACUUGUGGCACCAACUGCUUCAUUGAGGGCGUUAACUACACCGCUUCCGGUGUCACAACCUCUGGAAACUCUCUCACCAUGAACCAGUACAUGCCCAGCAGCACCGGCGGAUAUAGCAGUGUGUCCCCUCGACUUUAUCUUUUGGGCGCAGAUGGAAACUAUGUGAUGCUGCAGUUGAAUGGCAAGGAGCUGAGUUUCGACGUCGAUCUGUCAUCUCUUCCCUGUGGAGAGAAUGGCUCACUCUACCUCGCUCAAAUGGCUGCCAACGGUGGUGCCAACCAGUAUAACACUGCCGGUGCCAACUAUGGAAGCGGUUACUGUGAUGCCCAGUGCCCUGUUGAGACAUGGAAGAAUGGCACCCUCAACACCAACAACUCAGGCUACUGCUGCAAUGAGAUGGAUAUCCUUGAGGGCAACUCGCAAGCCAAUGCUUUAACUCCUCACUCCUGCACAGCCACGGCCUGCGACUCCAGCGGCUGCGGCUUAAACCCCUAUGCUAGCGGAUUCCACAGCUACUACGGCCCCGGAUUGACAGUUGAUACCUCCAAGGUCUUCACCAUCACUACUCAGUUCAAUACGGAUAACGGCAGUCCUUCUGGUAACCUUAUCAGCAUUACUCGCAAGUACAUUCAAAACGGUGUUUCCAUCCCGAGUGCCCAAUCUGGUGGUGACAUCAUCUCGUCGUGCCCAUCGGCCUCGGCGUAUGGCGGCCUCACAACCAUGGGAAAGGCUCUGGCCUCUGGCAUGGUCCUGACCUUUAGCAUCUGGAACGACGCCGGCGGCUACAUGAACUGGUUGGAUAGCGGCAGCAGCGGCCCCUGCAGCAGCACCGCAGGCAACCCAUCCACGAUUGUUGCCAACAACCCGAAUACUCACAUCACCUUCUCCAACAUCCGAUGGGGAGACAUCGGCUCGACUACGUCUGGCGGCAGCUCACCACCUCCUGUUUCUAGCUCUACUUCCAAGCCACCCGCCAGCUCCACGACCCUGAAGACCAGCACCACUUCUUCCAAGACGUCGUCGGCCCCCAGUUGCACGCAGACUCACUGGGGUCAGUGCGGUGGUAUUGGUUACACCGGCUGCACCACUUGUACAUCGGGCACCACUUGCCAGUAUGGCAAUGACUAUUACUCGCAAUGCCUGUAGAGCUCGACACAGUUAGCAAAGGAGAAACAGAACACGCCACUGGCUUUGGUGGCGUGGUGAUUUAGUAAAGUCGAACAAAAAAAAUACGAAAUAUUACGCGC